AUGGCGCCACAGCGACAUCAUUUCGAAUUUGAUGUUCCACCUCCUGCGACACAUUACCCGGUUGAUCACGACAUCAUUUUGUCCGCCUCAUUGAGACAGACACAUCUGGCGCCAAACGAGCAACACCCUAGCAGACCUGUCUCAAGACACCCACCGAACAUGAGGAGAACCUCCCGCAAGCGACAUCAUGAGGGUGCAAGAGCUCGAGCAUCUCAAGUCAACAGCGUAGACUUCGGAGCAUCUCUCCGAGCUAUCGAUUUCGGCUUCCGCAUCAAGAGUCCAAUAGUAUCCGAUCCACCAAUGAGUAAGCCAUUGCCGUUGGCCGAUGCUGCACUGAAGCACCCAUGGCCACGAGCAAGCGACGCAGGAUUCCGUGAUGCUUCUUCUACGGAGACGGUCAUGCCUCAGCGGACGUUCAGAGAAGUCUCCUCAAGUAUCCGACAAGCUCUGCGAUCGAUCACGCAUCCUCGUGGCCCGCCGUAUUAUGCUGCAACCGAAUGGGUUCCGGUGUAUGGCUUUGCUAAGCACUUGACAUACUAUGCCAUCACCGCGGCAAACGAUUCUCGCAGCCUCAGCUUCGAAGAGUUGAGAAUGAUGGUGUAUCAGAUUUGA